AUGUCCGACGCCGUCGUUGCUACCCCAGCCGCCGCUGCCCCAAAGGCCGCCAAGGCUCCAAAAGCCCCAAAAAUCGCCAAAGCCAAGACUCCAUCUGCCCAUCCACCAUACAUCAACAUGGUUAAGGACGCCAUCAAGAACUUGAAGGAUCGCAAGGGAGCUUCCAAGCAAGCCAUCUUGAAGUACAUCUCCAGCCAUUUCAAGUUGGGAGAGAAUGUCAUCCAGAUCAACUCUCACCUCCGCCAAACCCUCAAGAAGGGAGUCGUCAGCAAGGCCCUUGUCCAAUCCGCCGGAACUGGAGCUAAUGGAAGAUUCCGCGUUCCAGAGAAAGCCGCCGUCGCCAAGCCAGCUGCCGCCAAGAAGCCAGCCGCCAAGAAGGCCGCCACCGGAGAGAAGAAGGCCGCCAAGAAGCCAGCUGCCAAGAAGGCCACCACUGCAUCCAAGGUCAAGAAGGUGAAAUCGCCAAAGAAGGUGUCGAAACCAGUUGCAAAGAAAGCCGCCAAGUCGCCAGCCAAGAAAGCCGCUCCAAAGAAGGCCGCCAAGGCUCCAGCUGCUCCAAAGAAGGCUUAA